UUUCUCUUCGUGCUCCUCGUGCUUUGGCAGUUGGCGGGGUAAUUUCAGUCUUCUGCUGCCCUCGUCCGCACGGGAGACCAAACACAACCGGCCAUUUCCAGACCAUUUAAGCAUUCACGACGACAUUUUAGCAUGCUUUUCCCAAGAAAAAGAAGCAGUCGACCAUGUGUUACUUGUUAAUUGCAGUGUUGCGGCGUCAGUCUGCCACCAUCGCCUCAAGAAACAGAACACGGCUGCUACGAUGGAUCCAGCCGAAGAACCCCCGUCGAUGUUGUGGGGACUGGACCCGAUCUUUUCUGCCUUCGCCAGGCUCUAUGUCAAAGACAUCCUGCAGAUGACGGAGUCCACACAGGUGCCAGGUAUUUACUUCUACAACUCACAUCCAAUCUAUAAAGUCGAUGUACUUGGGACGGUUGUUUACAAGAGAGAAAGAGAUGACUUCUUCUGUUAUGGAGUGGAUGAUGGUACUGGCGUAAUAAACUGCCUUUGCUGGAAAAGUGACCUGCUGAAAGAGGAGGGGGAUCCUACAAAAUCAGGGGGGGGGGACAGUGAUGGCGCUCAGGGAGGUUUCAACCCGGUUGCUGAACUGAAGAAGCUGAGAGAGGCCCAGCAGAGCCGCUGCCGUCUGGAGAUCGGGGAGCUGCUGCGAGUCAGAGGACCGGUGAAGACGUCGAGACAACAGAGAGAAAUCAUGGCCUCCAUCUUCUAUAAAGUGGACGACCCAGUGAUGGCGGUCCAGAUAGCGUGGAUGAUGGAGGUUCCUCAGCUCUACAGACAGUGCUAUGACAAACCAUUCCAGCUGCAAUCCGAUGCAACCGGUGACUCAACCAUCAGUUCCCUCAGCAAGGCAACAAAUAUGAUCAAGGAGUUCUUCAAGCAGAAGUCGGUGACCAGGUUCAGACCGUAUGAUGUUCAAGACCUCCUGCAGCCUCUGAUCUCCAGCCAGCCUCAAACAGCAUCAGCAGACCAGGAGCCUGUGGCGGGUCCAUCUGCAUGCCAGCAGCUACGCCAGCUUCUGAAGGAGGCCCUGCAAGUUUUACAGGAUGAGGGCGUCGUGUACCGCAAGGUCAAAUCCCAGGAUGAAAUCUAUCAUGUGACCGCGCACGAUAAAGAUCUGCUCAUAGCCGUCAAGGACAUUAUCAGGGAGGACUCAAAGAGAGAGAAGUAUGCAGAGAAGGGUUGCCACAUCCUGCACAUCCUGUCUGCAGUCAGGCAGCGCCACAGCCUCAAUGUGAGCAAAGUGGCCCUGGAGCUGGUCCUCAAAUCACUGGAGUGCAACAGUGACAUUGUCAGCACCAGCGACAGUCACUACACUGCGUUUUAACUUGAGCACGGUGCGGUCAGGAAUCCAGUGUUACUGUAUAUACUAUGGCUAAUGUGGCUUAUUGCUCCAACAUGUGAGCACUGAAUACGAAAAUCAUGCCUUUCUUCAUCAUGACUGUUGUGAAACGUAGCACUUGCUAAAAGUAGUCAACUCCAUUUUUUUAAAUGAAUUUUAAAAUACUACUUAAUGUUAGUGUUUUCAGGUUGAAUUUUAAGUUAAAUAUAAAUUUAUGCCCAUGCCAAAGAAAAUGGGCAUCAGGGAAGCUUUCAGGAUCACUGUGCACGCCGCUUUUGUAAAUAUGUAUUAUGAUAUAAAUGUUUAAAUAAACAGGAAAUUAAUGGCAGACCAGGCAACAAAGAUAAGGCUCAUGCAUGGCCAUGUUUAUCUGCAACAGGGCCCUGGGGCAAAAUUGAGCUUCUGGCCCCCCUGUAGGCCCCAUCCCUCUGACAUUAUGUCCAAUUUGUAUAGCUUUUCUUUAUAUUGUGUUUUUCUUUAGACAGAGCAACAGGAAAUAUGUCAAUUUGCCGCAAUAAACAUGGCACUAUGUAUUAUAGACUUCAGCUGGACAAGCGGCUAACUUCCAGUUUGGCCCUCCGCUAACUUGA